ACUCAAGUGUGUAAACAAACACAUGAUGUCUCCGUAUCUGAAUAGUCUCGGUGAAAGACCGUUUUCUUUUUGUAUUUUUAUGUUUAAAAGUUGAUGGGGGAGAUGAUGUUUUGGAGGAGCUGCCUAUCAAUUGUGCUGCUCAAUUGACUGAAGUUGUACAACAGCGAGCUAAGUUGUUUCAACAUUUCAGAAGUAUUGCGCAAUACAACUGUCAUUUUAUCUUGUAUGACUACUUACAAGGCAGGACAUACAAAUCGACUUUAAUUGAUGGGAGUAUCCCCUCCUAAGUCCUUGUUGGUUUCAAGAUAAGUGGUCCAGAUUGUGGACAACAGCCAGUGUGUGUAAAACCAGCUGUUUCGAUUGGCAGCAGCCCCACGCGCUGCCCCCAGAGUGGCUCUUUACCGUGGGCUUCAGUGGUUAGCCCAUUUCGCCACAGCACAGCCUGUGACAUUAUAUUAACAUCUUAUUCGUAAAACCUCUCUCUAUUACAAUCUCGGUCUGGAGGGACGCGAACGUCCUGUUUCUCCAGUUUGUCAAGGUCAUUCAGUGAUUUGGUGAUGCUGAGGAUGGCUGGUGGACACAUGAGUGUCUGUGGCCCCCCUGGAGGCUAAACUUCAACCUGUCCCCUCACCUCACCUCUCCUCUCCUCACGCGGCCUCCUCCUCCUCCUCCUCCUCCUCCUCCUCCCGGCCCGAGAGGAAGGAAGGAAGGCAGGCCGGCUGGACGCAGCGCAGUGCAAAGCAACGCCAAGCCAAGCCAGCAGGUCAGGACAGGAAGGAUGCACCUGUCCCAUGUGGGCGUCAGCAAGCUCUGCUUCCUCGUCUCCCUGGCCCUGUGCGCCCUCCUCCUGCUGCUCAUCCCCACCCUGCAGGCCCCCCCUCGCCAGGGGGGAGACCGGCCCCCGCCUCCACCACGGCCCAAACCACAACCCCGUCAUGCCAACAAGCACGCGCCCGGCGGCAGCAGCGUUCAGCUGGGGCCCGAUGGGGGCGGCGGUGAUGGUGGUGGUGCCCCCCACCCGAAUAAGACUGGGCAGAGGGUCACCCUGGAGACCACUGUUGGCAGGGCCGCUGCUGCUGGCAGGCUGGACCCCCUUCCCCUCCACCAGGCACCGGGUGCCCUCCCGCCCCCCCAGAGGAAGUUCUCCUCCUCGGGGUCACGUUCCUCCAGAGACCCCCUGGAGCUGAGGGACGUUUUCAUCGCUGUCAAGACCACCAAGAAGUACCACAAGACCCGGCUGGAGCUGCUCUCCCAGACCUGGGUGUCACGCGCCAAGGAACAGACCUUCAUAUUCACCGAUGGCGAGGACAAGGAGCUGAAGAAAAGAACAGGCCUGAACCUGAUCAACACUAAUUGUUCUGCGGCCCACACACGCCAGGCCCUGUGCUGCAAGAUGUCCGUCGAGUACGACAAGUUCAUCGAGUCACAGAAAAAGUGGUUCUGCCAUGUGGACGAUGAUAACUACGUGAUCCUGCCCAGCCUGCUGCGACUGCUCUCCUCCUACUCCCACGUGCAGGACGUGUACCUGGGCCGGCCCAGCCUCGACCACCCCAUAGAGGCGGCCGAGCGGGUCAAGAGCGACGGAUCGGUGUCUGUGAAGUUCUGGUUUGCCACAGGUGGCGCUGGUUUCUGCAUCAGCAGGGGAUUGGCACUCAAGAUGAGCCCGUGGGCAAGCCUUGGCAACUUCAUCACCACGGCGGAGAAGAUCCGUCUCCCUGACGACUGCACCAUUGGCUACAUCAUCGAGGCGCUGCUGGAGGUCUCCAUGACGCACACCCACCUCUUCCACUCGCACCUGGAGAACCUCACGCGGCUGCCUAGCAACAGCGUCCUGGACCAGGUUACCCUGAGCUACGGAGGAUUUGAGAACCGGAGGAAUGUGGUGAGCGUCGGAGGCGUCUUCUCAUUGGCCCAAGACCCGUCACGGUUCAAGUCCAUCCACUGCCUGUUGUACCCAGAGACCGAGUGGUGCCCCAAAAGGACUCGUCCCUGACUUGGUGAUGCUGCAACAACUCCCAAAGGGAUCAUAUGGAGACCAGAGGGCCAAACCGACCUGCCAGUGUUUUAAGCCAGCAGUACACUACACACCUGGAGAGGUUUUCAGGCUGACCAGAACGUAGCCGGGGCCGGUGCCCGCACCAGAUACAUUUGUCACUUAAGUGCUUAUAUGCGAAUCGUCCGUAUUCAUACCGGGCUCUGAGCUUUUUCUGCACAUGACUGUAAUACCCGGAUGAACCUGCUGACGGCCACGUUGUCGUCACGGUUCACGGAGAAAAAACAAAGUAUUUUGCAGUUCGCAUUGUGAACCAACUUUCUAGUUCGCGAACGCUAAUUUCUGUGGCGUGAUCACGACGGUCGGUUCGCGAUUAGGUGCAGGAACGGGCUCCGGCACGGUUCUCAGUUUGCCUGAAUGUGCCUCUGGAGAGGUCUCCCGCCCAGUACAACCGGAGGCCUCUGCUCACCACUGUGUGGCUGUCUUGAGGAUCGGCUCCUGUGGUGCCAGUGAUCAUAUUGCAGUUGGCUAUUGACAUUACCUGAGGCUGUGAACACUCAUCGAACCCCUAAGAGCCAGAGAGAUCUUCAUGGCCCUGGAGCAGCCUUGAGUUGAAGAAGAGGAAGAUUGUGCACGUCCCUGCAUAAGGUGCAGGACACAAGGCUGACUGUAAUUUUCAGAGUGGGGAGUCCGCACACUCUCUCUCUGAUGAGGGCUGUUGAAGUCGAAACAUAAUCCAGCCAUGAAAUAAUUUUAAAAAACAACAAAAAGGAUUUUAAGUGUGCGGACUCCUCACUCCGAAAACGUGAAGCAGCCUUCCCAUUCGCUGAUGUGCGUGGACUCCACUCGUCAUGAACUGGCUCUAGCUCUGGCCUGCUCGAGUAGGGGCCUAAAGUUAGAGCUUGUGCUGAGCUUGUCAAGUAUCAGCAUUUUAUCAUUUCAGACUCGAAAAGGGCAAAAAAAUAAAAGCUGUGCUUUUGCUUUCACAUAAAUCUCUCUUAAUGAGGUACAAAUGCCAGAGUUUAUAUCUGGCGGUUUCUUCAAACAGGGUAAAGGCUUUAAUUUAUUUUUUACAAUCAGUCCCGAAACAGUUUUUUUUUUAUACACAAACUGGACAGACAUAAGAAGAAGUCCUUUUUGGAUUGUGUAUUGAGUAUAAUGAUCAGUGUUACUGAUGACAGGCCUGUUUAGUUGGCCUGUUCAUCUAAUGGCAGUUACUUCACCUUUUUUUUGUUGCCCCUCAUCCGUUAAAAAUCUGCGUGCUUGUGAAUCCAGAAUGGCGCAUGUCACCCAGUGUCCUGGCCACCACUAUUGCUAUGGAGAGACAAGAGUAAAUGGGCCUUGAAGCCUUUUAUGGCAGUGGAGCUAUUGAGUUCCAUUGAGCUUGGCAGAACAUUUUGAGAGGGAAAAACAUUGGGGCACUUUUUACAUUUUUAUUUUUGCAUGUGUGAGUAAUCCACAGCACUGAUUUAAUCUUUCAAUCGUCAUGCCAAGUCAUUUACUGGAUGAGGUGUGCAUAGUUCACUUCAGGUCAUUGGGCAAAUCGAGUUUAAAAGAAUUAAGAUGAAGGCUGCCUCAUGGCUGUCCAAAAAUCAUAUUUUUUGCCCAUGUCACGAACUGGUCAACCGAAAAAGAGAAUAACUUAACAAAAUUGUUCAUUCCAAGUUCCUGUCAGAAAGAACUGGGUUGUGAGUAAUGAUUAUGUUGGUACUUUUGAAAAUGUUGGGUCUUAAAAAAAAUAACUCCUUAAUAUUCCUGCCAAGUUUUGUGUGUACGUAUGUUGGUUCUUAUUUUUGACAGUGUUGUUGCAUUUUCCUGCUCCGUUGCAUUGCACAAGUGUAGAUCACUGCUGGUCAGUGGUAAGUUAAGUUGUAAACAUGCCAAAACCUACACUUGAUAUAUAUUUUUGUUAUUAUACUUAUUCAAGCACAUUGCUGAAACACUACCAAAGAAUGUUCCUGUUUAUUUCAAAUGUGUUCUGUGUUUUAUGUGUUAUGUUCAUGUGUGUGUGUGUGUGUGUGUGUAAAUAUGUGUGUGUGUGUGUGUGUGUGUGU